AUGGCCAUGGAGUGGUUUGGCCACGCCAAGGUUGAGUUCACGCACGCUCCUGCACCGCGAGCGAUGCGGGCAAAGGACGGCAAGAAGACAGACUUGCUCAAGAUUGUUGAGGAUUCAACGCCUCCGUGCCGCUUGAACCCGUUGUUGUUCAACGGCCACAUCCAGACAAUGUGGACAGCUACCAAACCCAGUGGGCCUCCAGUCUAUUAUCGCCGCAGGAUAUUCGACGCCGACCACAAGACGUACAAAGGCACAUUUGCCGUGGAUUUUGCUGUGCAGCCGUUUGAAGAAGUGGACGAGACAUUACCCAGGAGAACCGCUUACUACACUGACGAGGAAUUCGACAAUAUUGGCUCAGAUGAUUGCAAGCCUAUGCUGGUCGUCUUGCACGGCUUGUCGGGCGGCUCAUUCGAGGUAUACCUGAGACAUACCAUUGCGCCUUUGCUAGGAGCUGGAGGUUGGGAGGUAUGUGUGGUGAAUUCGAGGGGUUGUGCGAGAAGCAACAUCACCAGUGGCGUUCUUUACAACGCUCGCGCUACCUGGGAUUGCAGACAGACUGUCAAAUGGUUGAAGAAAACGUUUCCAAACCGGCCGCUAUUUGGUCUCGGAUUUUCCUUGGGAGCCAACAUGCUAACCAAUGUAAGUCCUCAGCCACGAAUAGUAGGGCGAUUCGGCGUUGACCAAAAGCAGUACUGCGGCGAGGAAGGUGAAGACUGUAUUUUAAAGGGAGCUGUCGUUUGCUCCAACCCCUUCAAUUUGGAAAUCACAAGCAAAAUACUGCAAAAUCGAUUCAUCGGUAGAGAGGUCUAUUUACGAGCCAUGGGAUGUAGGCAUUACAUGAUUUCCGCUGCUCUUCUUCGGAUGAGUCUAACCGUGCUGCUAGUUGCUAUGAGGAACUUGAUCACCACACACAAAGAAGCCUUGAAGAAGUAUACUGACCUUGAUCUACCCACUGUUGAAAAAGUCACAUACUUGCAUGAUUUCGACCGCGAGGUUCAGUGUCCGACAUGGGGAUAUCCUACCGAAGAUGCAUAUUACCGCGAUGCAUCUUCGACAGAUGCUGUUUUAAACAUCAGGAUUCCGUUCAUUGCUGUACAGGCAACGGAUGACCCUAUUGCUGUGAAAGAAGCCCUUCCGUUUGCAGAAUUCAGACGGAACCCUAAUACUGUCAUGAUUACCACAUCCAUGGGAGGUCAUCUGUGCUGGUUUGAGAUGGGCGGCAGCCGAUGGCACCCCAAGCCGGUCUGCAACUUCCUGAAUCACCUUGCGUUCAAAAUAGACUUGGACAGCAUUACGCCGUCCAAAACACCCACACGCGAAGAUCCAAAGCAUGGUGCGGACUACAACCCAAUGCGCCGUAAGCUUCUAAUUUCCGAAGAUUAG